GUUUCAAAGAAAAUCACUCACAACCUCACAGGUGUAUGGUUUUUUUAUCAAAAUGGGUUUUUUGGUUAAUAGUUUAUAAUUUUAUUUAAAACCAAUAAAUAAUAUGGAUAUUAAGUGUUAACGUAUUACAAAGUCUAAAUAAGUUAAGAUAAUAGUGAGAUUCACGAAAUUGUGUAUUUACAGUUAUACGUGUAACACGUAUUUUGUGCAUCGAGUUCAGCAUUGAAUUAGGCCACAUAGCGAUCUCUCCCUAAAAUACCGCUGUUCGGGUUGUCGACGUAUCAACCUAGCUUUCGGGAGGCGGGAGAGUGAUGUUGAGACGGACUGCGACCUGGUAAUGUGAUGUCAUCAAAAGGGGAAACAGAGGCCGAUUCAGGCACCGUGUCACCAAAUUUACCUGCUGUCAAAAAUGAACCGGUAGCUACAGCUAGCAGCAAGGAAACUCCGAAAAGGGGCGGUACUUUAUUAAAAUGCACGACAUGCAAUAGUUUUAGUACAUUAAGUAGUCGGGCUUUAACUACACACAUGGCACAGUGUUCACCGGAUAAUAAUAAUGUGGCAGCUGCACAAAACGCGGAUGCUCGUCCGCACAGAAAGUUAUUUGAGUGUGAUGUGUGCAAUAUGAAAUUUUCAAAUGGCGCCAACAUGCGUCGACAUAAAAUGCGGCACACAGGUGUCAAACCCUAUGAAUGCCGUGUAUGUCAAAAGAGGUUCUUCAGAAAGGACCAUCUUGCUGAACAUUUCACAACUCACACAAAAAGCUUGCCGUACCACUGUCCAAUAUGUAAUCGAGGGUUUCAGCGCCAAAUCGCCAUGCGCGCGCACUUUCAGAAUGAACAUGUUGGACAGCAUGACCUUGUCAAAACUUGCCCCCUGUGCAGCUACCGUGCUCCCACUAUGAAAAGUCUCCGAGUUCACUUCUUCAAUAGACAUGGAAUCGAUUUGGAUAAUCCAGGCCCUGGUAACAAUGUUUCCUUUCUCGCUGCUGGAAUAGCUAAUGCAGCCUAUGCUGAUGGUACUAUGGACCCUGUUGCCAUGAAUGCGCUGGGAGCAUUGGGCACUGGUCUCUCGGUAUCUGUUGCUCCGGCAUAUUCAGACAGUGGUGAGAGCAAUGGAGCUCGCUCUGUGGAUAAUGCUACUCCACCUAUGCAUUAUCUGACUCCACAUGUGGAAAUAUCCAUGGCUGAUAACAACGAAACAUUUUCUCCUGGACAAUCAAACCACUUGGGCAACUCAGACGAGACAGAUACGCGCAUGAACGGCGAGGGCCCCAGCUCACCACAGUCUGGAGACAGCGCAGUCGCUAGCAGCUCCCUAUCAGCAGGCCUCCCAACCAACAUCACUCCAUCAAUUACACUCAUACCUAUUAAACAGGAACCUAACACACAAGAUGAAUCAGGCUCAGGUGAAGUAAAGGAAGGCGAAGCUAACGGUGGAGAUAAGCGCGGGGUUUCUUCGAGUUUAUCCUCGUUGAUAAAGGUGUCUCCGCUAAAGAGCCUUCUAAGAGAAGAUUUACGUAGGCGUAUUUCGGCUCGCGGACGCGCUAGAAAUUCAAAUGCCUCCCGGGCAUCACCUUCCGAAGGCGGUGUAAUCACCUCUACCCAUGGCGACGCCGCUAUGCUGCCGUCCUCACUCGUAUGUACAUUUUGCGCUAUAACAUUCCCCGACUCCACUCUAUACUUUUUACAUAAAGGCUGCCACUGCGACUCCAACCCGUGGAAAUGCAAUAUCUGCGGCGAACAGUGCUGCAACGUCUACGAGUUCAACUCCCACCUGCUCAGCAAAAGUCACCAAUGACUGUUUGCAGGGGGGCCGUUCGACAAUCACUGACUUCGUGUUUGAUGAUGCACUUUUCGUAUAUAUUGUGUGCAUAGUCCGUAAGCACUUCAAAUAUAUUUCACAUUCCUUUUACUAAUUAACAUACAUCUUGGUAUGAAACUGUAAUUAUAUCAACUUCUUUUUUUUCUCAUUUAUUGAUUCAAUCACUUCAGACACUGUUGGGUUGAAGUGCUUCGAAUAUGCUAUACGCUGAACGUCCCCCCGAAGCUGUUUUGUUUUAAAAGUGCAAAUUACGUCAAGGUAUAUUUUAGUGGUUAUUAAUAUAGAUAAAUGAGUGAAGAUAUUUAUAUGGAUAUUUUAGUACUUAAUUGAAAAAAUGGGUAUAAUGAGAUGGUUAAAAAAUUACGAUGUAAAAUAAGGAACUGCUCGAAACGCAUUAUAUUAGACAGUUAAUAAAUUAUGAAUUUGUAUUCGUUAUCGUAUGCCGCAAAAGGGAGCAAGAGCACCGCCCCCGGCCAGAUCGAGCAGUGGUAUUCUUGUUAGUGUCCAAUGUCUGAAAUAUUAACAUUUCAGAAGAAACAUUAUACAUUCCAAAUUGAGACGUAUGCAUUCCAUAUUUUGUGAGAUUAAAUAGAGUCUUUGGUGGGGGAAACGUGUACUUGUUGUUUACCCUAUACUAGAUUUUGUUUUAUUUCAAUUUACGGUACUUAACUGUAUAUUAAUUAUCUUACCAUCAUUAAUAAAAACAAAAUUUUAGAGUAUUUUUGGUGCGAUAGUGAAUUUUACAAAUGUUUAGAUUGUACAAAUUAAUAUAUUUUUACAUUCACUGUUGACAAGAUGUUAUAGAAAGGCAUAGCCUGUAUUUCCGUGAUUGUUUAUUAUUGUGAUUGUGUACAGACAGGAAUUUUAAAUUCUGCAUUCCGUUUUUUUUAUUUAUAUUUUCUUAUUGAAGUGCAUGUAAUGCAAGUCCACGACUAAUACUUAAUGUACAAUUUAAAAAUAUUUUGUUGUUGUUAUUUAUUUUUCUAAAAUAAUAUAUAUUAUUUAAAUUCAAAUGUACUUAAAAUUUCUAUCUAAUUAUUUAUGGUUUAAACUGUUGAUAUAAGCACUUUCUGUGCGGAGUUGGCUGAUAUAUGUGAUGUGUAUUAUUUAUUAAAUAUUUGAAAAAAUUACACUUGCUCAAUAUAGCUCAACUACGGAGCAUAUAAGUUUUUUUCUGCUCGCACAAAAGCAUAAUAGUAUUGCUUCCUAUUCCUUGAAGUUGUUAAUAUAAUUCUCUGUUGCAGAAAGUUGCACGUGCUUAUAUUGGUGCCUUUUUAAUAAUUUAUUUCGUUUUAAUUCUUGCAUAAUUUAUUAAAUAGCGACUGAGUUGACUGGCUAGUAAUUGAUAAUUGACAAUUAUUACUUCAAAACUUGGAUUUUUGAGAUCUCUCCACAAUAUGGAACAUUUUUAGUUAGUUUUUAUUGUUUACUUUCUUUUUAAUAAAGAGAAAGGAGUGCUCAACCUUAUGGUGAACGAUUUUUAAAUUUAUAUUGAUGUACAAAAAUCAUAUCUUAAUACACUUGAAAUUGUAAUAGUAUCAAGUUAUACGUAUAGGUUACAAUAAAUUCUUUGCGUGAUCGGAUAAAAGUCUACUGACGCGACCUCAUAUUAGUUGUAGACGUGUUUGUUGUAAUUAAAAUAUUAUAGUAAUUUAUAAAAUUCCCUGUGCCUACUUUUGCUAAAUUGGUUGUCCUUUACCAUUUUUAUUUAAAAAGUAGGUAACCUGAGAUUUACAUUCCUGUAGAUAAUAAGUACUUAAUAUCGGUUGUGGUCUUGCCUGUUAAGUUUACGAAAUUGACUUAGAUGGAACUGAAAUUGUUUACCAACGAAGUUAUGUAUUUUGUUUUGUUUUACGACAAUGGUAUUAGGUUAGAAGCCGGCGCGCGCGGUAGGCAUCCGUCACCACGGAUCAAGUGAGUUACCUGAAACGAGCAACACAUAUUUAUUUAUAGAGAUUCUUUUAUUAUGCUGUUUCAUUGUUGGUUAUAUAUAGUGUGGAUGUUUACUUCUAAAUGAAUUCUGCCGCAACCGCCGCAAUGUUACUCUAGCGUAGGUAAAUAUAAGAGCUAUUAAUAUAAAUUAAUCGGUAACCCCACUGGGCGCCUUUACUUAAUCCGUCCAUAUCUAAUGAUAAAUAUUGCCUUUAAUAUUUAAUAGAGUAAUAUAUUUUAUAGAUUUUAGCUGUAAUUAAGAACAGAUCUAAAUAUAAAGUGUUUACAGAAUGCAGAGGUUUAAAGAUAUAUAGUUAUAUUUAUUUAUGGUGUAUUAAAUAGUAGUCUGUAUUGCCAAAAAACCAAGCGGACCAUGUUUUAGACGAACAUGCAAUAUGUUAUAAUUAAAUAGCAACCGCUUGAUUUAUUUGCGAUACAGAGAAACAUUGUUGAUUGUUCCAGUUUCAAAUAAAUAUUUUGUGUGGUAAUAUUUCAAACUGUAUACUUAAAAGUAUUUUAAUAUUGACCAGCUAAUGUGAAAUUACACUUGAUUAUAUGUAGACAUGUUUCAGUAUUUUUAAAUAAAAUCUCUGUCAUUUUCUUUAUAUUGAAGUUGUAACUAUUAAAUCGAGCCCUACUUACCGACGCUGUUGUUAAGUCUAUCACAAAAUUUUCAUAUUGUAGAUAAUUGAUCAUAAUAAAUAUGCCACUUGAAACACUAAUAUCAAGGGAAAUAUCUUAGUAUAGCGAUCCUCACCUUAAUACCAAAUCACAGCUUACCAACAUUAUAAUUUGUUUUAAGUUGUUGUGUAUGUAAUAUAUAAGAUAGAUAAAUUAACAAAGUUGGAAGCAAUUAAUUGUAUCUGUAGACAGUAUCGUUGAUAUUUUGCUGUUACAAUUUUUAUGUUAUCUUUAUUAGAGGUGAAUAAUAACAUUUUACUAAUUUUAGUAUGGAUAAUAUUUACAAAGAAAGAGUUAAAUUAUAUUAUGAGUGAUAUGAAUUACUAUAUCAAAUAUAGCAGAUUGUGCCUUAGAUCAAUAUCAAUGUUGAUGUGUUUUUUGGAUUCAUGUAAUAUAUAUAUCAAAUAUUUAAAUUAUUCUAUUUUUAAAAUAUGACAUUAAAAUAAAUAAAUUUUACACAAAAUCCCUAAUAUCAUGUGCAUAGAAAAAGUAUUUUGCAAUAUGGCUGUUUUGCUUGUUUUUAUGACAUAGUUUAUUUACAGUUGAUAUACAUUGUUCUAUCGUCUGAUCAUGAUGAUUUAGAAUUAUCAAGAAAUGGUAUUUAUUACCGAGUGUAGUUCUAUUUAUUUACUUUAUAAUAAUUUGGUAAAGGGUCUAAUAAAAUAUUAAUAAAGUAUGAGACGUA